AUGCCUCAGGAUAUGCCCCCAUCGGGGGGCUAUGCUCCCGUCCAGUACAAGCGUCAUAUCCCUGCCCGCGGUUUCCGGCCGUGGACCUACCUCGCUGGAGUGGGUGCCAUUGUGACCUACGGCAUGUACAAAUACUUCCAUGGUGCCCGCGAGCUUCGUGAGCUCUCCCGCGAGAAGAUGUGGGCCCGUCUGCACCUCGCCCCUGUGAUGCAGGCCGAGGAAGACCGCGACCAGGUCCGUCGGUAUCUGGCCGACAAGGAGCGCGCGAAGGAACUUCUCGGCUCGGAGGGCAAGGUCUACAACAGUGACCGCUUCAUCCGUCCUACUUUCGCCUAUACCCCGAGCAACGUCACUCGGUAA